AUGUGCAUGUUGAAGUCCAGAGCAGUGGGCAGGCUCCCAAGUGAUCCAGAGUUAUUUACGAUUGAAAUUCACCAUGGGGGGUAUCUUAAAAAAGGGAAGUAUGUGGGAGGUACUGUACAAUGGGCAGACAACUGUAAUACAUAUCAAUUGUCUAUGCUAGACUUACAUGAUGUUGCUGAAUCACUAGGAUACAACCACAUAAAAGUUUAUUAUCGCUAUAGGUCCACAACAUUGGGUUAUGUGGCAAUUCGAGUAGACUUGGAUGUGUUUGAGUUUGUACGUGAGAUACCUGCAUCUAGGGUUCACAGUUUGUACAUUACAGAAAAGCCAGAACCCACCUUAUUAGAGAAUGAAGUCUCUGCAACUGUAUUUAACUUUCAAAAAUUGCUUCCACCACAAUUGAUACAUGUAGAUGUACAAGAUGAUGUGAACAUUGCUGAUGAUUCCGAUGAUGAAGGAGAAGAUGAGGAGCAUGACUACGAGCAAACAGAUGAAGAACAAGGCAAACAAAAAGGAGCAGAAGAUGACAUGUGGUUUGAUAGGCAUGUAGUGGAUGAAGCUGUUGAAGAACCACAGAGAGAACCUGGUGAUGUUCCAAGUGAUGACUACAAUUCAGAGGACCUUUUAAGUGUUUCAGAAGAGGAAGAUGAAGUUGAUGAAAAUAUAGGUGUGAAAAAGUUUCAAGUGCUAGGCCACUAA